GGAGAUCGUUUUGGAAGAAAUCGGUUCCUAGGGCUUUAUGGAACCAUCAUCUGGCCCCAAAUCCCUUAGCCACUAAUAACAUUUCGAGGCGACAAAAGAGGUUGUCACUUCGCCAGGGGACGCUCCAAAAAGAAGGGGGCGCGCGGCGCAGGUAGAGGAGGAAUGAAACAGGAAGGCACAACUUUCCCCAGAAAUAAAAAAAUAAAAAUAUUUUUUUUUCUUCGUGUUUGUGGUGUAGGGGGGUGGGAAGUAAAAGGGACAAACCCGAUGAUUCGGGACAGAACAGCCCCGAGUUUUCGGAGUCGUUCUCCAGUGUUUCUCCGGGUGUGUCCCCAACGAGGCGCCCCUCUUGCACCUCCAUGCAAAGCAGAGAAGAGAGCGCCCCACGUCUGCGCGCGGCGGGGGAAGGGCAGGGCUGACACGACUUCCUCCCGGAGCAGCGGACCCGAGCCGGGUGCAGCCGAGUGCACCGCAUCUCCUCCCUGGUUGGUGCCCUGUCGCCGUCCCGCGCCCGGCCAAGUCCCCGCAGAGCCGUCGAGAUGGGUGAGUCCAAUGAUGAUAUAGACCAAAUGUUCAGCAAUUUGCUGGGAGAGAUGGAUCUUUUGACACAGAGUUUAGGAGUUGACACUCUUCCUCCUCCGGACCCUAACCCACCCAGAGUUGAGUUUAACUACAGUGUGGGUUUUAAAGAUUUAAACGAAUCCCUAAAUGCACUGGAAGACCAAGAUUUAGAUGCGCUCAUGGCAGAUCUGGUAGCAGACAUAAGUGAGGCUGAACAGAGGACAAUCCAGACACAGAAAGAGUCUUCUCAGAAUCAGCAUCGUUCAGCACCUGUGGAUGUAUCAGAUUUCAGUGGAGCAACCUCUCUCACUUUCGAAGCAAAUGUUGCUGAAACUAGUAUAAGCCCAUAUGAGGAUGACUUACCACCCCCACCGGCUGAUCCCAUGUUAGAUUUUCCUCUGCCACCACCACCUCCCGAACCUCUCUCUCAGGAAGAAGAAGAAGCCCAAGCAAAGGCUGAUAAAAUUAAGAUGGCAUUGGAAAAACUGAAGGAGGCCAAGGUCAAGAAGCUGGUUGUCAAGGUGCACAUGAAUGAUAACAGCACGAAGUCCCUGAUGGUGGAUGAGCGACAACUGGCCCGAGACAUUUUAGACAACUUGUUUGAGAAAACCCAUUGUGACUGCAGUGUAGACUGGUGUCUUUAUGAAAUAUAUCCAGAACUACAAAUUGAAAGGUUUUUCGAAGACCAUGAAAAUGUUGUUGAAAUCUUAUCAGAUUGGACAAGAGACACAGAAAAUAAAAUGGUGUUUUUGAAGAAAGAGGAAAAAUAUGACGUAUUUAAAAACCCCCAGAAUUUUUACUUGGAUAACAAAGGAAAAAAAGAAAGCAAGGAAACAAAUGAGAAAAUGAAUGCUAAGAACAAAGAAUGCUUACUUGAGGAAAGUUUCUGUGGAACAUCCAUCAUUGUACCAGAACUUGAAGGAGCUCUUUAUUUGAAAGAAGAUGGAAAGAAAUCCUGGAAAAGGCGCUAUUUUCUUUUACGAGCUUCUGGAAUUUAUUAUGUACCCAAAGGAAAGACUAAGACAUCUCGAGAUCUGGCGUGUUUUAUACAGUUUGAAAAUGUCAACAUUUACUAUGGGAUUCAGUGUAAAAUGAAAUACAAAGCACCCACUGACUAUUGUUUUGUUUUAAAGCAUCCCCAAAUUCAGAAGGAGUCCCAGUAUAUCAAGUAUCUCUGCUGUGAUGACGCAAGAACUCUAAACCAGUGGGUCACGGGAAUAAGGAUUGCCAAGUAUGGAAAGACUCUCUAUGAUAACUAUCAGCGGGCAGUGGCAAGGGCCGGGCUGGCCUCUCGGUGGACAAACCUGGGCACUGUCAGUGCAGCUGCACCACCGCCACCUUCGACAGGCACCACCCAAGCCAAUGGUCAGAUUCCCCAGGCUGCACACUCUGUGAGUGCUGUUUUCGAAGAAGCCAAGAGACAAGUUGACACAACUAAGGACAAGAAGCCAGCCCCUGGGAACCACGACCCAGGAGCACCCAGGGCCCACCACUCUCCGAAGUCCAGACUGCCACCGCCCCCUCCCAUGCGACGGUCCUCAGACAGCAGCGGCAGCCCAGUGAUAAUCCCCAAAGCCAAAAGCACGGGCUUCCCGGCUCCCCCCGACGACUUGCUGCCACCGCCACCUCCCCCACCACCUCUAGAGGACGACGAUCUCCCGCCACCACCAGAACCCUUUUUAAAAGAAGCGCCCCCAGACUUCGUGCCUCCCCCUCCGCCAUCGUUUGCAGAGGAUGCCGGGCCAUUACCGCCUCCUCCCCCGCCCCCACCCGCCCUCGCCCCAGAAUCCGCGAGGCUGCCCCCCAUUGCCGCCAAAAGGCCUCCCAUUCCUCCAAAGAGGCAAGAGAACCCGGGUCCGCCCAGAGCCGGAGGGGGCGAUGAGCAAGAUUUCAUGUCAGAUCUCAUGAAAGCUUUGCAAAAGAAAAGAGGCAACAUGUCCUAAAGGAAACAUACAAAUACCUUUGUGUGAUAGAUACAAUCAUUUUUAACGUGAAAUAUUUUAUUUUCGUAGUAUCUUGGUCAUUUUAGAUAAAAUUCCGCAGUGUUCAUACUAGAAGUAAUGUAAUACGUCUUACUAUUGCUUAAGUACAUUCAUAACCAUUCACCGAAUUUAUAAUAUCUGCUUAAAUGUACAUCUUUCCUAUGUAUUUCCACUGCAAUGGAAUUUAUCUUACCUUCGGAAUUAACCAAAAUGUUCAUUUUAUUCAUUUAUGUUCAUUUAUGAUGUUCAAAAGUAACAAACUAAUAAAAAUUUAAAAUUUUUUCCUGAAGAUGGUAUUCUAGAAAUAUCAGUGUAUAUAUCUAAUGCGGUAUCAACACUAUUUUAUAAUAUACUUUGACCUUUUGAAAAUAGCUUCCAAAAUUCUACCCCUUCUAAAGUCUUGUUGCUCUUUCAUAUAUUUUCCAUCUUCAGUUCCAUGACCUUCAGAAUUUUCAGAAAAUUCGAAAGAGGAAAAUUCUCUAAAAGAGAAGCCUCAUUGGCCUCAUCAAAUCGCUUGUAGCCUGAAGGUGACAAAGGAAGUACUGGGACCCAUCACUGUGAAUCAAGAGCCCUCAGAGAGUAGGAGCAGGGUGCUGGGGAGGGGAAAGGGAGAGAUGUGGUUGUCAUGGGCUUCAAAGAAGACCCAAAUUGUGUCACUUCGAACACAUUCCUAACUUAGAGAAGACAUCAGGCCUGAAGGUGCGCUCACCCUCAGUCCCACAGAGCUGGACAGCAGCUGCAUCUCCCAACUCUACCCAUACUGUACCUUUCUUUUACAGGGGAAAAACUAUU